AGGCCACGCCUUUUCACUCAGUCCAUUUGCCCUUCUUCUACCUGUUUUCUUCCAGACCCUGCAUCAGGCUCGCUAUCUUCCACGAUUCCCCGAGACCAUAGUUCCACCCGAAAUGCCUUCCGCAUCAUCCAAGCCUGCACGCCACAUCGAACGGUCAUACUCAAACCCAGUGCCUAGGAAACGGCGUGCUGUCAAGAGGAGAGGUCGGACCCAGGACGAGUUUGAAAGCGAUGAAGAAAUCGUACGGGAGGUCAGGACAGACUCGGAAACAGACGAUGACAACUCUUCCAUUGAUUCCGACUCGGACUCAGAGUCCACCUCCUCCGAUCUUCACGCAGAUGUCCAUUCCGAAGUCGUAACACCGUCGACAACUCAAAGUCCCCCUCCUGUGGAGCUUGAUCGCUUGGCUAACGGUGGUGUCAAGGAUCCAUCGAGCAGUCAAGCAGGCAUUUUUGCCGAUACCACCAAUUGGGCAGAGAUGGUUGCUGGGGAGGCCGAGAAUGGUGCGGCCGAUCUGCCCGUAAUCGACUUUGCUGACAUGGCCUCGAAUCACCUCCCUGAGCCUCGGGCUCCUUCCCCUGCUCAUCGCUCGCGCAAAAGCCACAAGGCGGUCAAGAAGUCAGCCGCUGCUCGUGCAACAUCUGCCCCUCCCCCCGCUGCUCUUACCUCUCAAGAAGAGCCGGCUGAAGAGCAAUUUCAGGAGCAGGGACCCGUCGCGUCCACCUCCGACGAGCCACACCCGCACUCUGCUUUACCCAGUCGUUCUCGCGGUCAGACGGCUCGUCAAGCGUACCAACAACGUCUCGAGUCAGACCCGUCCUUCGUUCCUAAGGUGGGAGAAUUCUGGGGUCAUGACGACCGUCUCUUGGACAAAGACCUGCGCAGCCUGAGCGGAUGGUGGAGAGGCCGUUGGCAGUCGCGAGGUCGUGGACGUGGUGCGUUUAGUAUGCGCGGUCGUGGGCGUAGUGGCUUCUUCCCCAGUCGUUCAUCCCCACGGGACGAGAGCGUCGCGCCAGAGGAGUCAGCUGAUGUGCCACCCGUUGAGCGACCCUGGACACAUGACGGGUUCGAGGAGAUGAAGAGGCGAGAUGAGCGUAGGCGCGCGCUGCAGGAACAGCAACAGGCAAAUGCAGUCCUGCAAAGAGGAUUUGGCUUCCGUGGAAGGGGCUUUGUUCCCGCCCGUGGGCGAGGAGGUGCCUUCGCUCGUGGCGGCUCCCCAACGGCCACUCAACGUCCGCUUACCUCAAACGUCUCGAUGGGGGACCGCGUCUGGUACGCGCAGAAGCCCGAGCGCAUGUGGACAAAGCAGCACGACAUCUUCCUGUACAACGACGCCGCUACUAAACCUCGCCCCGGCGUUGGUCCCGGAGUGCGGGUCAAGCUGCCGGGAGGGAAGGUGCCACUCAUAGUCAGACUCCCGCCACGCACGUCUACUGCUCGCGCUUCCGACAAGCCCGAAGAGACACCUUCCCCAUCGCUCGACGCGGAGAAGCCCAUUAUUGUCCGGAUGCCAGCCGCAUUUGGCAAGACCAAGGUCGUCGAAGAGGUGCCCGUGGCAUCUGCAGGAGGGGAGGAACUGGCGACUACUGUCGAGGAACUUUCUAUUGAGGAAGUCUUCACUGUACGGCCUAACGCAGUGCCGAAUCGCCGAAUCGACUUCUCGGUGCCGUCUCCCUCUGUGCCCACAGCUCACGCUCCGCAAGCUGUGUCUGGCCAGUCCAAGACGCCGUCGCCGCAACUCUCACAACCGGCGGAGGUUGACGCUCAUAAUCCCAUCGAGCAGCUUUCGAUUCUCCCUAUCGAUGGUGGUUCUUCUUCACCUAGCGUGCAGAUCCAGGAAACCAUUCUUCGGAACCCUCUGCCAUCCGAGGACACAAACUUGAGCCCUUCUGUUACAGCGCCCGGAGAAGAGUCGCAAUCGCGUCCAGAGCCCCCGAUUCUACACCCUCUCCAAACAAGCUUCUCCCCUGUUCCCCCACCCACGUCGCCGCCGUACGGGUCGCCAUAUGGCUACGCACCGGCGCUUCCGCCAGGUGUCGGUGUAAACAGCCAGGGUAUGGCGUACGAAUAUGCCACCGGUCGCGCCGUGUACAUCCAACCUACGCCGCCGCCCAUGUAUACGCCUCGUCCGAUGAUGCACGGACAUCAUCCGUCUAUGAGUAUACCGUUUGUUCCGUCGCACCUCCGCCACCAUUCGGCUGCUUCCCCCGACUUCCUUGCUCAUCCUCACACGCCGCAUACCCAUACUCCUAUCCAGUCGUUCGUCGAUCCCACCACUGGAGUGCCCAUCUUCUCACCCGCUCGCCAAAGCAGUCGCAUCGAGAUCCGUGCCCCUACCGAGGCUGCAGAAAGCAAGAAGCCUACUCGGGCUUCUCACCAGCGGAGCAACCUGUCCGUAGCAUACCCUGCAGAGGGUCCCUACUAUCCGCAACAGGACCUGUCCGUUGAGGAUGUCGGUGCAACGGACGAGGCGCUGUCGCAACCGCCUAUGGGCCACGCCCAUACACCAUCGAUGGAGAGCAUCGGGUAUGCCCCGUACCCGCAGCCGUACUAUUACCCUGAGCAGUACGGCUACCCGCCGUAUGUGGACAUGUCGGGGCAGAUGAUGCAGUACGAGAUGUAUCCCCCGGAGCACCAACAUCAUCCGUCUCAGCCCGUCGUUUACUACUAGUCAAUCUUGCACCUUGCUUCACACCUAUCUCUGGCUUUGCGUUUUUGCUCAUCGUGUAUGCACGCUUGGACGUUCUCAUUCUGCGCACCGUCCUCGACUCUUUCACCACUUUGCGUCAUCGUCGUCAUCAUCCCUGUGUCUUUAUAACCAUUGUCAUCCUCAUGCUCCUGCUAUUAUACGUUACACCAUGUCUCAUGUAUCGCGCCCUUUGUCACGACCCAAUCUUGUGUUCUUCUGUCAAUGAUAUUACGUAUGGCAUACCGUUCAUGCUGCUCAGCUUCCUUACAUCACUGUGUGCCCUUGACACUGCUGCUAUCGUAUUUUUCAGUACCGUCUUCAAUGGUCUAUGUGUCACGAAUACACGGUUCUUCUACGUUUGACGUCUUUGAUCUUUUUCAGUUCCUUCGACCCAAUCUUUCGGCGACGUUGAAUGCUGUGGUGGUAAGGUCUUCGUAUUGCAGCUAAUGGUAUGGCUAGGCUGUAGAAUAGGGCUAUGUAGAGACCUCUUGAAAGUUCAAAAACCAUCUAUCUAUCUACAUACGCAGUAUUCCUCUGAACCGAUCUGUCUAUUCAGACCGUCUGCCAACUUUUGGCACAAGCAACCAGCAAAUGCCUUGCGCACCAAGGAGCGCGACCACAGUCGGUUCGACCACCCAGAUGCCUUUCUUGGUGCUCAUGAUACCGACUAUCAGCGGCCAAAAGGCACUCCCGCUCUGGCCGACGGAGCUCAUGAGCGCGAAUGCGUCCGCGUGCAUGUUCCGUGGCACGAGCUUGCCACCCAUCGUGAUCGCCGCGGUGUAGAACGUGGAGAUUGCGACCCCAACGAGAGCAGUGCAGACGGCCGUGGAGGCGAGAAAAGGGAGGAACCAGGCCAGGCACUCAAGUCCAAUGGCGAAGGAGAGAUAGAUGAUGACGGCGAGGCGUUCGCCCAUGAGUAUAUUGAGGGGCGGGAGGAUUAUACGGCCAAGCGCGAUGCCGAGAUUAAAGCAAGAGGCUACCCAGGAUGCCCCCUCUGGGCUUCCGUUGCGGACAUCUAGAAUAUAGGACACUAUACACCCGCCGAUCGAUUCCUCAGCGCCGACGUAGAGCAUCAAGAAAAUGGCAAGUGUCCAUACAGCACGACUGCGUAGCGUUGCACUAAAGGCGUGACUAGCAGAACCCGUUUCACCGGGCCUUUCAUUCGGAUUCUGAGGUAGAGCGUGCAAGUUGCGAAACGCUACCCAAGCAAGAGCAAACACGGGGAUAUUCAUCCUAACAUUGGUGGUGUAGAAGAGAUGAUACGGCACACCGCGAGUGACCAUAGCUGUAGCCACCAGAGGGCUAGCGAACGCCCCGAGUCCAUAAAUGCCAUGUAGAAUCCCAGUCCACAUGAGCGGCUUGUUGAGAAUAGCGAAGUAAGCGUUACAAAGUCCUAACUGUGUCGCGAAAGCCAUACCGACAACAAAGAAACCGAAACACAUUAAUCCAAAACUCCUCUGCUGGGAGCUGUUGAUGAUGUUUCCAGCUAGCUCGACCAUAGCAGAGAUGAGCAUGGCAUGCCCAAAUCCGACCCUUCGAGCAAGCGUGCCUGCACCCGCCGCCGCUACGACAUAUCCAAGAAAGGUGCACACGAACAGUACGGAGACCUGCGCGUAGCCAUAGUGGUAUGUUCUCUCAAUGUAAGGAAGCAAAGCUCCGGUGGCUCCCCCGCUCAGCCCGCGAGGAAUAGGGUCAAGAACGAAGACGCCAUGCGGAGACGACGUAGACCCAGACUCUCCGAAGACGGCUCCGCCAAUGCGGUGUCCGGCGACUGCAGUGUCGGUGGGUAAGCCAUCCCGACAGCCGCCUCCGGGAGCCCAGGGAUGCCCGGGUUGUUAUCGUCCGGGAUACUCUCGUCUCGGGCCUUCCCUUCCACCAACCCAAUGGCCGUCUGUGCACUGUCAAGUCUAGUCGCGGUUGGCCGGUGGGCGAUGUGUGGGUCUUGGCCCAAUGUAUUGCUUGUGGCAGCUCCUGACGUAUCCGCGAUAAGACUAUCCUGCUGAGCACUCAUAUCCUCCGGCGAGGCUCCGUCGCUCGCGGUGGAUAGAAGGUGCCGUUCUUGGACGGGGACGCCUAUAAGAGCCGGGGGCAGCCCAGAGAGACGGAUGUCAGCUGUCAUGAGAGCGAAUUGGC